AGCCUCCAUUCAGUCAUGUUUUUGAGGCGCGAUGUCAAGUUACCUAAAAUGGGAUUUGAAGUUUUAAUGCUUAUUGGUGUUGCCCUGACAACAUCUCUGAGGACAUACCUAUGGACAAAUGGGCCACGUGUAUGUGGUGGUAAAUAUAAGGCCAUUGGCUCCAAGUGCUAUUAUAUUGAAAACGACAGCGAACAAAUUUGGCUUGGAGCUCUGUAUCAAUGCAGCCGCUUGGGCGGCCAUCUAGCGAGUAUCCAAAGUCAGCAGGAACUCAACGACAUCAGCAAAGAACUAAUGUACUACUCGGAAUACUAUAUUGACAUAAGCGAUCAAAUAGAGGACCGUAAAGGUUUUCUAUCUGCAACCACAGGCUUAGCGCCAAAUUUCAGACACCCACAUCUGGAGGAGAAUCAGGAAAUUAAGGGGUGCGCCGUCAUCAACCGUUUGGGUCACAUGGUUGAUGCGUAUUGUUACCAAAAAAAGUUAUUCGUUUGCGAGAAGCACGAGGAAGUCACUCAGGAACAAAAGCAGAAGAUAGAAAAAAAUUUUAAAAAAAUUGGCCACAAGUACUACUACAUUGAAAACAACGAGCAGAGAACUUGGAUAGACGCCUUCCACAAAUGCCAAGAAUUGGGUGGACAUUUGGCUACUUCGAGAAACGACCAGGAACUAAUCAACAUUUCAGAAGAACUUCGUCCAGGCUCACAAUAUUUUAUUGACCUUAUUGAUAAAAUAGAGGAGGAUCAUUAUCUAUCUAUAACUUCAGGUUCAAAAGAUAGUUUAUUUUUCUGGGCAGAUGGCGAACCAAAACCGCGAUAUAGGAGGGGGGGAGCUGUUGUCAUCAAAAAAUCGGAAAUAGGUACUUAUAUGGAACAUGUUUCAGAAUUUGAAUCGAAUUACUUCAUUUGUGAAGCAUUUUUUUAG